GUUUGAGCCGGAUAAAUAUCCCGGCCUUGAUGAUUAUUACGAGGAGAAGCAUCGUGCUGUGCUAGUGGAAAGAGGGGAGGUUCCUCCAGUACUUCGUUUGAGAGGCCACAACCCACGUGAGUCCUUGAGGUAUGACCGUCGCUACGAGCCUUAUUUUAGAAGAAUGGAUCUUCUCUAGUUUGUGCUCAACUUUAAAGGCACACCACCAUGGCUGAACUCGACGGCCAUUACCACCCUUACGGACCGUUGGAGACCGGAGAUGCACUCUUUUCACCUUGCUCUUGGUGAGAUGACCGUUACUUUGGAGGAUAUUGCGAUGAUCUCCGGUCUUCCGAUCGAGGGCAGGGCUCUUACCGGGAAGGUGAGGUCUGAGGGGUGGCGACAAAGGGUUGCAGGUUUGGUUGGUGUUGAACCUCCCCCGUGGAUUCAUGAAACAAAGAAGGAUCCUAGGCCAUCUGGUGUUUUGUUCUCGUGGCUACAAGAACAUUUUUACGAGUGCCCAGAGAAUGCCAGUCCGGCUGUUGUGGAGAGGUACGCCAGGGCUUGCUUAUGGAAUCUUUUAACCCAAGUGGCGUUUCCUGACGGCACGGGAGACACAGCCUCGUGGAUGUUCUCGGACCCUCUUCGUAACUGGGAUGUCAAGUGGAGUUGGGGGUCGGCGGCACUAGCCUUCUUGUACCGUCAGUUGGACGGAGCAUGUAUGAGGAGUAAGCCGAAAUCUUGUCUUGGUGGUUUUGUUUGGGCCCUACAGAUUUGGAUGUGGGAGCGUAUCCCUGUGGGCCGUAACUUCACCAUUGCUCCGGAAGAACCUUGGGAGUGGCCUUUUGAUGGGGAUGAGGAGCGAUAUCCCACUAUCGCAUACACUUGGGCUAAUGUCCAAGUGUCGAGUAUCGCCGCCAUGGGCGGUAUAAGGCAUACAUAA